GAAGAUCACCACCACCAUCAUCAUCACAGACACUCCAGGAAGAUUGUGCUUGUGAAAAACAGCGAUCCCUCUGUCCGGAGGACCAUCGUGCUGCACCGCAAGAGCCUGUGCAGUCUCUCGCUCUUCAUGGAUGAGGUUUCUGAACUCAUGCAGUGUCUCAUCAGGAAGCUCUACACACUGCAAGGCCACAAGAUUGACAGUGUGCAAAGUCUGCUGCAGUGCCCGAGCGUUUUGGUUUGUGUGGGACGUGAGCCUUUCCACCCACUCCUGUUGGACAGCUUCAGGAAGAACUCUUACGACAAACUUCCGAGGCUGAACAUAAAGCCACGCUCUAGUGUCUGCAGUGAUGAAAAGGGGGCCAAGAGAAAUGUCAACUUUGGACUAGAAACAAAUAGAAGUGUCAUCCAUCCAAAGUGUGAUUCAAGCAAAAGAUCAGGAGGACCAUCCACCUCUUCUGAAAAGAUGUUUCCAAAUCGACUUACCAACUUACCUACCAACUCGUUACCUCCAGGGCACAGAGGCGAUUGUCCUCAUACAGGAGAAAAUAUGAUGGAUGAUGACAUUGAAAAGCGAGUUCUGGUCAACCAAGAUGGAAGCCUGUCAAUGGAGAUGAAAGUGCGCUUUCGACUGUUACACAACGAGACAUUGCACUGGUCCACAGAAGUCAAGAAGUCAAAGAGCUCUUUUAAUGAAUCCCAUGAUGAUGCUUAUCCUUUCUCACAUUGCAGUGCAGAGAGCUGCUCAGAAGCCGACUCUAUCUCUGUUGGUGAAGAAGAGGAGACAUCCAGCACCAAAUGUUACCAAAGACAUUUUGAAGAGCCACAUUGCCAGCACUGCUGUGCUCACUGUCAAGAGUAUGGCAUGUGGAAAAAUCCUGUACCUCCCAGUCAAAGAUCUGUAAGACGCAUCAGAUCCUCAAGCUCAAGUGCAUCCUCGCGGAGAAUAGUGUGCAAGAAGGCAUCUACUGACAGCAUGCGCACAAUGUCCAGUGAAGAGUACACAGAGCAUUUAGUGGAAAAGGCAACUUGCAUUCAACAGACCAUUGGGCAGCAGGGCGACACCAUGAUUGAAGAAUGUACCAUCAACCAUUGCUGCAGUCGAAGUGAGGUGCGCUCAGUGUCCCCUAAAACAAAGAGCACAAGCGGUAUAGAAGACAAGCGUGAGAACAUUCAAGCAUCUGAUAAUGACGAGAACAGGCCAGAUGUCAUAUCCUCUAACCUUCCUAAAGAUCAAUUUAGUGUUCAGAUCACUCUGCCAGUAGAGGAAGAUGAGCGGCCUAUAUCCGUUGUGAGCACUUCUUCCCAAAUUUUAGCAUCACUGAAGGAGGACCAAGAUGAUGAAGAAGUCAGUCUCCCUCCGAGUAUCUCGAGAGCAUCCCGUGGCCAACAGGAAGAUGAGGAGAGCAAAGAUGUUGAACCAAGCCCAUGUUCUGUUACACCCAGUAAAUCACCAAGACCACCAAGCAAAGCUUUAUCUUCAGGGCAGUCUAAAACGUCCAGAAGGUUUGCCAGUCCAGAAGUAGGUGAUAAAGCGGCCAGGUCUGAAGCAUCCGCUUCUCCCAAAUCUUUGUCUGGCUCAAAAACGUGUGAAUGUGUAGUCUCAAAAGACAUAACGACUCCAGGGUCUUUUGAAUCAAAUGGUCAACUAGAAGACAUGGAUGUUCAAGAUACAGAAACAGAAGAAAGAGCACUAAGUGCAAUGUCAGCCAAAUCGAAAAUGUCUACAAAGUCUCUGUCUGAAUUAUCAACCCCUUAUGAAAAUGAUCAAGAGAGUACUGAAGUAAAUGAUGAAAUAAUAGAGGAGCGAUGCUCGAGUGCUAUCUCCAUAAAAUCCAAUACCUCUGGAAAAUCGAAUACAACAAAUCUUUCAAAAGUACAAGUGCAGGAUGGAAGAGCACACAGUGCCAUGUCAAUAAAGUCGCACAGAUCUGACAAAUCAAGAAAUAGUGAAGUCUCAGACAAUGUGUCUACGGAACACAAUUCUGAGGUAAGAACAUCGAGUGCCAUGUCUGUUAAAUCAAAUACAUCUGUGAGAUCCAAACUGUCAGAAAGUUGUUUUGAUGAGCUUGCUUAUUUACAGGACAAUGUUGAGGAGAGGCCUGUAAGUGCUGUCUCAUCUGAAUCAAGUAUUUGUGUUAAAUCUAUUCAGUCUAAAGAGACACAGUCUGCACCUGAUGGUGCAUGUGAGGAGAGAAUAGCAGAGAAAGCGUCAAGUGUUAAAUCUGGUACAUCAAACAAGUCUGGAAUUGAAGAUCAAAUAGAAGAGAGAGUUCACAGUUCCAUAUCGACACAUUCAAAUAUUUCUGCGAGAUCUAGAAUGUCAAUUGAGCUGAGCGAGCUUGAGGCUGAGCAAGACAGAGCUCCCAGCAGCGUUUCUAUUAAAUCAACUGUCUCACAAAAGUCUGACAUUUCAGAAGCAGCUUAUCUUCAAGAAGGAGGGGAAUGUUUAAAUUCAGUGGAUGCUUCAGUGCAAUUAAACACACCUGAAGCUGAAUCAGCAACUCAAGUGGAGUUACCAGGAGAGAGAUCACCAAGCUCUUUGUCAUCAAUAUCAAAUAUCUCUAAAAGAUCCAGAACCUCCAAAAUUUCAGAGGCAGACCAGGAUGAAGCACAGGAAAAUGAGGAUGUUCAGGAAAGAGCAUCAAGCACUAUUUCUGUAAGUUCUACUAUAUCUGCAAGCUCAAGGAAAUCCAAGAAAACCCCAAUACCAGGAUCAGGAGAAGAAAUGAAGGAACGAGUUCCUAGUGUUUUGUCAAUCAAAUCAAACGCUUCAUUGAAAUCAAAAAAGUCCAAGAUGGAGGAGGAGGAGACAGAAAACAGAGUCUCCAGCGCUUUGUCUGUCAAAUCUGAAUCUAAGAAAUCCAAAGGAUCUGGUAUGGUAGCAGAUAUUAUGGCUGAUAGAGAUGAUUUGAGAUCUGCAAGUGUGCUGUCCUCUAAAUCUAACAUAUCUGCAAAAUCUGUUAAAUCAAUGGUCUCAGAAAAAGACCAAACGGAAGAACGAGAGGGUGCAUACUCGGCACAAUCCAAUCAGUCAGGAGUCACUGUAAGUGAUGGAGUUGAAAUUGCAGAGGAACGGGCUCUGAGUGCUAUGUCAUCAAAAUCCAAUGCUUCUGAAAGACUGAAAAAGUCGAAAAAUUUAAAAGUACCAUUUGCUUUGCCUGGAGAAGCAGAGCACCAAACAGAGGAACGAUCUCAGAGUGCAUUGUCAGCAAGAUCAAGCGUUUCAACAAGAUCCAAUAAGUCCAGAAUUUCAGAUGUUUUAACUGAUGAGGUUGUUGAUGCAGCAGAAGAAGAAGAAGAAGAAAAAGAAGAGAGAGCUUCAAGUGCUUUGUCUGCAAAGUCAAAUGUCUCUGCAAAAACAAAAAAGUCAAAUGUGUCUGGAACAGAUGUCAACACUCAUAAUAAGGAAAAGGGGGACAGAGUGCCAAGUGCUAUGUCAGAAAAAUCUGACAUUUCUACCAAAACCAGUAUCUCUGCAAAAUCCAAAGCAUCAAAAGUUUCAGAAUUACAAACAGAAGAGCCUGAUGAAAAAUACCAAGAAGAGAGAGCUUCAAGUGCUUUGUCUGCAAAGUCAAAUGUUUCUGCAAAAUCAAAAAAGUCAAAUGUGUCUGAAACAGAUGUCAACACUGAUAAUAAGGAAAAAGGGGACAGAGUGCCAAGUGCUAUGUCAGAAAAAUCUGAUAUUUCUACCAAAACCAGUAUCUCUGCAAAAUCCAAAGCAUCGAAAGUUUUGGAAGUAGAGGCAGAAGAGCCUGAUGAAAAAGACCAAGUAGAAGAGAGAGCUUCAAGUGCUUUGUCUGCAAAGUCAAACGUUUCUGCAAAAUCAAAAAAGUCAAAUGUGUCUGGAACAGAUGUCAACACUGAUAAUAAGGAAAAAGGGGACAGAGUGCCAAGUGCUAUGUCAGAAAAAUCUGAUAUUUCUACCAAAACUAGUAUCUCUGCAAAAUCCAAAGCAUCGAAAGUUUCGGAAGUAGAGGCAGAAGAGCCUGAUGAAAAAUACCAAGAAGAGAGAGCUUCAAGUGCUUUGUCUGUAAAGUCGAACCUUUCUGCAAAAUCAAAAAAGUCUAAUAUGUCUGGAACAGAUGUCAACACUAAUACUAAGGAAAAAUGGGACAGACUGCCAAGUGCUAUGUCAGAAAAAUCUGAUAUUUCUACCAAAACCAGUAUCUCUGCAAAAUCCAAAGCAUCGAAAGUUUCGGAAGUACGUUCAGAAGAGCCUGAUGAUGAAGAAAGUGAAGUAAAAUCACCAAGUGAAAGAUCCAAUAAGUCAAAUCAUCUAGAAGAAGUUCAGAACCUAGAUAGACCUCCAAGUGGCAUAUCACUACUGUCUGAAGCCACACUUGAUGAAAAUGAGAUCUCAAAUGAGGAAGAAAUCCAAGAAAGGGCUCCAAGUGCAGUGUCUGCAAAAUCAAAUUCGUCUGUAAGAUCCAGAGCAUCGAGAGUUUCAGAAAUAAUCAUAGUUGAACCAAAUGAACAAAAUGUGAAGAGGGCACCAAGUUCGAGGUCAUUGAAAUCUGUUGUCUCUGGAAGAUCUGGUCCAGAAGACCCUGUCAAUGAAGAUAAACUAAAGGAAGCAAGAACAGAAAGUGCUUUGUCCUCUAUUUCUAAUAUUUCUGCAAGAUCAAACAAGUCAGAAGAUUCCAAGCUAACUGGAAAUGUACAGCAGAGAGCACAAAGUACAGCAUCAGUUACAUCUAAAACAUCUACAAGAUCUCAGAGGUCAAAUAUUUCAGGAGUUGUUCCUAAAGAAACUGAAAACACAGAUACAGGAGAUGUUCGAUCAUCAAGUGCAAUGUCUGCAAAAUCUUGUGCAUCUGAGAAAUCAAAACAUUCAGAAAGAACUGUGGAGGAGGACGACGAAGCAAAUGAACUGGUGGAAAGAACAAGCUCUUUGUCUGUAAAGUCAACCCCAUCUACAACAUCUGAUGCCAUUGUUAAAUCAAGUGUUGUGCCUACCAAAUCAAAUGCUUCUGCAAAGUCCCUCCUCUCAGAAGCUGAAGAGCCUGACGGAAGAUCAACAAGUGUGGUGUCUAAUACAUCUGCAGAAUCUAAAGUGUCUAAAGCAGGUGUGGAUAAAAAAACAAACAGAUCAGUUAGUUCAGACUCUGAACGACUUUUAACACCAACAAGCACCUCAGUGUCUAUUGGGAUAGUUGAAGACUAUGAGGUAGAUGAUGUUGAGGAAAUAGAUGAAGGUGCUGUUUCAAUGAACUCAAGAACAUCUGGUUCAUCAAAGACUGAAAUAUGUGGUAGAUCUGACCAGUGUUUAACAGAAUCUACAGUACCAAUAACAACUGAAACAACACGGACGCCAGAGGAAAGACCUAAAAGUUUAGCAUCGGCUAAGUCAAAUGUCUCUAGUAAAUCGAAGUCCAAUUGCUCUCAUUGCAGUUCUACAUUUCCCAGAGACCCAAACCAGGACAAAGAUGAUGUAGCAAGCAAUAAAUCCUCCAAAACAAAGAAUUUAGACACUUCAUCUGCCAAUGGUUCUGAGAGGCAAAGCACCCCAACCGAAGAGAUCCGUCCAUCUAGCAAAGCUUCCGGUAUGUCUGUACAUUCUGAAGUCACGGGUCAAGAGAAAACUGGAAGUCCAGAUGUUACCCAUAAGUCUCAAAGUGUCUGUUCAAAAUGCAGUUCUACACAACAGAAAAGACCAAUUUCAAGUGCCUCAGCUAAAGAAGGAAAUGCUGCUGAAGUAAUUGACAGACCAAAGAGUAAUAUAUCCAGUUCAUCAUCUCAUUUAAAAGUAAAUGGUCAAAAGAAUGAUGUUAAAACUUCAGUAACUGUCAAUGGAAGUAACAACAAAUUAAGCACCAGGUCGAUACAGAAAUUUGAGGACAAUACACCCAGGGGUCAUUCAUCUACUUCAUCUGUUACCUCAGGGAACCAUCUCAGUCCUAUCCCACCAAAAUCUCCCAGAAAAUCCAAAAAAACGGUUAUUUUACUUUCCGGCUCCAAUGACAGCGUGUUAUCACAGACCGUUCCUGCUCUAGACCCAAGAGAAGAACACACUGACUGUUUGAAUAUAGCAGCAGAACAAUCUUGUAAAUCUGAUAGAAAUGUCAGUGACAUUAAGAGUGAAAAAAGUAGCAAAUGUAGGAAAAGGAUUGGGAGUGACUCGUCUGGCCACAAGAUGGAUGAAGACAUGUCUGAGCUGAGUCCUUCUUGCCUGCCAAAUGCCUCCCCAACUGAGGUGGUAAAUGAAUGGCUGAGGAAAAUCCCAUCAGACACUACCUUGUGUGAUUUAGGCGAUGAAUUUCACGAAAACUUUGAUUCAAUAGAACCCCUCUGCACAUCGCAUGUGCCUUCAGAAGAUGAAAAUAAACAUGAAACUUUGCGACAUGGCUUAACCAAGCUUGAAACACAACCUGAGAGGGAAGAUGCUAAUGUGAUGAAUGCAGAGGGAGUUAUUGACAAAAAAGUUGCUGAGGGUGAUCACUCUCAGAGGGGAGAAGAGCCGAAAAUGUUUAAUUCCUCAGUUCUGGUGAUGAAAGUCUUGCUGAGCUCCAAACUAAACAGAUGCAAUAGCUUACCAGAGGUGUCCCAUGUAUAUGGACGUAAGCUCAGUACAUCAGCGCAAGGCCUUCUGGAUUGUUUGGCAAAUCUGCAGUUGUUAGACUUUGGUUCUAGCGAUGAAGAUGGCAAAAAAGAAAAAUACCAGGAGCUCAUGAGCAUACUUAAGUCCCUUUGGCUUUGUGACCCCACAGACAGUGAGAAGACAUCUAAGGAAAGAAACAACCAUCUGGACAAGGAAUUCAAAGCCAGGUCAUCAUCAGGGGUAGAUGUUAACAGUGGCUCAACAGGUUCUGGGAAAAGUAGUGUCAAUGACGGCACCCAAGCCCAAAUCAAUACAGAAUGUGAAGGCCUGGAUAACCUGACAAAGGUAGAGGAAGUUGAUGAAACUGUGGAAGAGGAAGCUUCAGAAACACCAGUCUCAAAUGAUGAUUCAGCCAGUCAAGCUCAGAGGACCCCAGAGACUAAGGACACAGUUGAAGAGAAGCUAAAAGAUGUCCGAGGCUCUGACGAGACUAUCAGAAAUAACGAUAGUCCAAGGGAACUGAUUGAAACACCCAUUUCAUCAAACAAGAGUUCUGGAAAUAAUAACAAUGAAACUGAAUCAGACCGUCAAGAGGACACAAGUUCAAGCAGUGCUCCAACACUACAAAGAGGUAAUUUUUCAAAAAGGCUUUCUCAAGACCCUGAUCCUGUAUGGGUUCUGAAUUUAUUGAACAAAUUAGAAAAACAAUUUAUGACAAAUUAUGUUGCUGCAAUGGCUGAGUUUAAAGUCCGUUGGAAUCUGGAUGACAAUGAGCAGCUUGACGUCAUGAUAAGAGAAUUGCAAGAUGAAGUCCGCAGACGGAUACAAACGAGUAUUGACAGGGAACUAAGAAAAAUCCAAGGCAGAGCUGGAAGACCAAGACCACCGAAAGAGACAAUGUCACGUGAAUCUACCGUUCAAACGGAGCAAAAGCGGAGGCGCCUGAAGGUAAUGCGCAACCAAUCAAUUGAUCCGCAACCUAAAAGUGAUGAUGAUAACACUAUGACAGGGACUGAUUUCAGUGAUCAACGUAGCGAUGAUGAAUAUUGUCCUUGUGACACAUGCUUGAAAAAGAAAAUGGCUUCCAAACAAGUGUUACCUGUGGAAAUGAUGAACUCUGCCCCUGUGAUGAUGGACUUUGAUUUGAGAAGAAUUCUCCAGACAAAGAAAUCGUCUCCUACCAAUGAAAACAUCGGGGGGAUUCCCAGUGAAUCUACAGUCAGUAAGAAGGAGAGAGAACAUGUGGUGCUUCAGGCUGUCAAAGAGGAGGAUGAGAAAGAAGGGGUGAAUAAAGAAAUGUUUGCUCCCAGUGACCAAGAAUUUAAGGAAGAUUAUGAAAAACAAGAAAGUGAGGAGGGUGGAGAGGAGGACAAUGCCUCCAGCACUUAUGAAGAGGACAGUUCUGUGAAACAAGCAAAAAUCGGGGAAAUUGCUGAGAUGUCUAAUAACACGAUUACAGCACAACAUAAGGGAGCAGAACAAGAUGAAGAGCAAGAGCAAAAUGAUGAGACUGAUUCUAAUGAAAUGUCUGUCAAAGAAAGUGAAAGCAGUUCUAAGAUCAAUGAUGAAUUAGAUGAAGAUGUGGCAAAUGAUGACAUUAGUGAAUUUGAUGAUAUAAUGCAGGCUGAAACAGCAAAGGAGGAAGCACCUGAAGAAUACGUUGAGGAAGAAUCAGAGGAGCUGGACGAAACAGCUUAUGAAGAGGGUGAGACCACUGGUGAAGAUACUGUAGAGAACAGGCAGAAUGCUAAAGCACUAGCCGCUGAAGAGCAUGACAUUGCUGGUAAUGAAACUGCAGAAGAUGGAGAGACUGCUGAGGGUGAAACAGUAGAAGAUAAAACUUUAGAUGAUGGACAAACUCCAGAAGCAGAAACCACUAGAGAAGAUAAAAUAACUGAAGAUGAAACUGGAGAAGAAGGUGAGACAGUUAAUGACAAAACUGCAGAAGAGGAUGAGGUGGAUGAACAUUUUACUGCAGAAGAUGGACAAACUGCUGAAGAUGAAACUGGAGAAGAAGGCGAGACAGUUAAUGAAAACACUGCAAAAGAGCAUGAGGUGGAUGAAAAUGUUACUGCAGAAGAUGGACAAACAGCUGAAGAUGAAACUGGAGAAGACAAAACUGCAGAAGAGCAUGAGGUGGAUGAAAAUGACACUGCAGAAGAUGGACAAACAGCUGAAGAUGAAACUGCAGAAGAGGAUAAGGUGGAAGAAAAUUUUACUGCAGAAGAUGGACAAACUGCUGAAGAUGAAACUGGAGAAGAAGGCGAGACAGUUAAUGAAAACACUGCAAAAGAGCAUGAGGUGGAUGAAAAUUUUACUGCAGAAGAUGGGCAAACGGCUGAAGAUGAAACUGGAGAAGACAAAACUGCAGAAGAGGAUGAGGUGGAUGAAAAUGACACUGCAGAAGAUGGACAAACAGCUGAAGAUGAAACUGGAGAAGAAGUUGAGAAAGGAAACAACAACAGUGUAGAAGAGGAUGAGGAGGUUGAAAAUGAAUCUGCAGACAAUGAACAAACUGCAGAAGAUGAAACUGGAGAAGAAGGUGAAACAGUUAAUGACAACACUGCAGAAGAGGAUGAGGUGGAUGAAAAUUUUACUGCAGAAGAUGGGCAAACGGCUGAAGAUGAAACUGGAGAAGAAGUUGAGAAAGGAAACAACAACAGUGUAGAAGAGGAUGAGGAGGUUGAAAACGAAUCUGCAGACAAUGAACAAACUGCAGAAGAUGAAACUGGAGAAGAAGUUGAGACGGGAAAUUACGACACUGGAGAAGAGCAUGAGGCGGCUGAAAAUGAAACUGCAGAAGACAGUGAAACAGCCUCAAAGGAUGGACAAACUUCUGAAGCAGAAACUGCUGGAGAGGAUAAAAUAACUGAAGAUGAAACUGCAGAGGAGGAUGAGACAACUGCUAAAAGUGAAUCUUUAGAAGAUGGACAAACUGCUGAAUCAGAAACUGCUGGAGAGGAUAUAAUAACUGAAGAUGAAACUGCACAGGAGGGUGAGACAACUGCUAAAAUUGAAUCUGUAGAAGAUGGACAAACUGCUGGCGAGGAUGACAUAACUGAAGAUGAAACUGUGGAGGGUGAGACAUCUGCUAAUAAUGAAUCUGUAGAAAAUGCUGAAGAUGAAACUACAGAAGAUGGUGAUACAGGUGAUAAUCAAACUGCAGUAAAGGGUGAGACAGUUAAUGAUGACACGGUAGAAGAGUGUGAGAUGGCUGAGAAUGAAUCUGUAGAAGAUGGGCAGACUGCUGAAGCAGAAACUGCAGGAGAGACUGAUACAGGUGAUGAUGACACAGCAGAUGUAGGGACCGCUGAAGCUCAAACUGAGGUGUCUGAAGAUAAAGCAACUGUUGAAGAUGGCACCACAGCAGAAGACAAGAAUGCUGAGCUAGAACUGGCAGAGCGAAAGCAAACACCUGAUCAUGAGACAACUGUAGACGAGAGAGACAAAAGUCAAUCGGACGUUGAGGAAGUCAGUUGUGGAGCAGCAAAGGAGGAGGAAGACAUUCUUUCUAACCCUGAAGAUGCAGAGUAUCUUGAUAAUUUGACUAAUCUUGAGGUGGUUGAAGACGAAACAUCUCUUAAGAACAAGGGUGAUGUUGUCCUACAUAGUGUUGAUGAUAAUGGCGAAGAAAGUGAGACAGAAGAUGAUGGUGUGGAGAUAAUUGCAAAUAAAUGUGGUCUUGUGGCCAACAUUGGUGAAUCAGAUGAAGCUGGUGAUGAAGCUGAGGAUGAUACCGAGCCAGAUUUGGAGACAGAUGAAGGGGAACAUGAUGGCAACACUCCAGCUUCACAGCCUGUUGUAGAGCCAAAACAAAUGGAUGAAAAACCAGAUGGGGAAGCUUUAUCUAAUGCUUUGGUAGAGUUUGAGGAUGGGGCUGAUGCUGAUGGAGAGGACUCGGAAACAGAAGAGCUCAGCCAAGUCGUGGAAUCAGAGGGCAAACCACAGGAAAAAACUCCACGUAAAACCUUCAAGAUGCUCGUUCAUGCUGUGAAUUUCCUCAGACUCUCAGCCACUGGACAACCAGAGAGGAGGGAAGAGUGUAAUGAACAUGAAGUUGAAGAUGAAGAGACUCGAGAGGAUGAGAGUGAUGAUGCAAGAGGGAGUUCUUGUGUGGAAAAAGACAAGGUUGAAGAGUUGAAUGGAAAUGAGAAGGGCAAGCUCUCAGAUAUUACAGAGGAUACAGCAGAGGAAGAGCAGGACCAGACAAAUGAGACUAAUGAUGAUUCAAAGGACAGUGAAUGGGAAUCAUCUGAAAAUGCCUUGCAAAAGCAGAUGACAAAGUCAUCCAUGGAAUCUCAGCCAGGUUCCAUCGAAGAAGUUCACGAGGAACUGACAAAGAAUCAGAAUGGUUUAAAUCAUCUGAAAGCCAACCCGUAGAAUCAUUCUCGACAUCAGAGAAAAGAACGAAAGAUAGUUUUGAGCAUGUGAAAAUGGUUCCAGAGAGAUUAUUUCUUUAUUAUAAUUAGACCGUAUAAAUACUAUAAACCUAAAUUGAGUUUAUUCUCAGUAGCCCUUUGGACCCCUUAUUUUAUUUAUUUAUUUAAUAUAAUAUUUAAUAUUAUAAAGCUAUUUAUAAAAAAUGAUGCACUUUACUUAUGAUUCCAUUGUACUGUAUAUGCAGAUUAUAUAUGCAAACGCACAGCAUUACUGCUCAGGUACUGUAAAAAGUGAAUUUCUGAAAUUUGCACAGGAAGCUCUUCUAGCUUUAUGGUAAAAACGUGUUUAGAACUGUAUUAAAUGUAUUUCAAAACAACUUAUGUAAUUGCAGUUAUUCGUAUAAAACACUUGGUUGUAAGCCUUAGCCAUGUGGAAUAAGGAACUGCUGAUAAAAGAUUACAAAUAUUUCAUGUGCUGCUAUACAAGUGUACUAAAAUGUCUCUUUAUUUAAAUACACUGCAAAUGGUAAAUCACAUGGUGACGUGUAAGGAAAGGCCUGACCUGUGUGUAUGAGUGCAAAGAAUGAAUGUCUGUUGAAUUGACAGAGUGUUUAAUGUGGUUUUCAUAUUUGAUUGUAGGAGAUCAUUAAAAGGUAAAGGAAAAACAUUUGAAUCCCUGCUAAAUCGCAUAAAAGAAAGUCCACCAUUGUGCUUAAUCAGAAUGUGUACAGUAAUGCUUGCUUUUAAAGUAAGUGUACUAAAUGCAGAUGUACACCAAAAAUCACCCAUAUUACAGUAUUAUAAGAAUUGAGGUGUACACGUUAAGAUACGCUUUAGAUGUUUUGCCACAACACAAAGGAUUGUACAUCUAAAAGGAUUAUAUGUUCUUAUGUGUUCACACAAAACUUUAGUGAACACUCUCAGAAAAAAAGGUACAAAAGCUGUCCCUGGGGCUGUACCUUUUCAAAAGGGAAAAC